GCCAUUUACCACCACUUUCCGUUAAUGGAUUGGUUGAAAUUAUCCUUCCACACCUAUUAAUGUACUACAAUUAUUGCACCAAAUAAGCCAUCUAAUUUCUUCUGGGGUUAAGUUUUCAAGACUUCAUCGUUUCUUGUUUCUCAAUAUCAAGAUUGUUCUUCCUAAAUCAUUGAUUUGAAGUGGGUAUUUAUUGAUUUGAAUUUUUGGAAGAUGGAGAAUUCGAAGGAGAUAAUGGAGCAGACGAAUGAGGAUGAGGAUGAGGAUGAGGAUGAGGAUGAGGAUGAGGAUGAGAAUGAGAAUGAGAAUGAGAAUGAAAAUGAAAAUGUUAACGUGGUGAAGAGGCUACCACCAUGGACUGCACACAUUACAUUACGAGGACUUGUGGCAAGUUUAGUGAUUGGUGUGGUUUAUAGUGUUAUAGUAAUGAAGCUUAAUCUCACCACUGGCCUUGUGCCCAAUCUCAACGUCUCCGCCGCUCUUUUAGCUUUCGUAUUCAUUAAAACAUGGACCAACCUCGUUCACAAAGCUGGAUUCGUUACAACUCCGUUCACCAAACAAGAAAAUACCAUCAUCCAGACUUGUGCUGUUGCAUGUUACAGCAUUGCUGUUGGAGGUGGAUUUGGGUCUUAUUUAUUGGGAUUAAAUAAGAAGACCUAUGAGGAAGCAGGUGUUGAUAUAGAUGGGAAUUCUCCAGGGAGUCAUAAAGAACCUGAAAUUGGUUGGAUGGUUGGUUUUCUGUUUGCUACUAGUUUUGUUGGGCUCUUCGCAUUGGUUCCUCUAAGAAAGAUUAUGAUCAUCGACUACAAGUUGAGAUAUCCUAGUGGAACAGCUACAGCAGUUCUCAUCAAUGGCUUUCAUACUCCAAAGGGUGACAAGAUGGCUAAAAAGCAAGUCAUGGGUUUCAUGAAAUUCUUCUCUGCGAGUUUCAUGUGGGCUUGUUUUCAAUGGUUCUAUUCUGGUUCGGGCACAUGUGGAUUCACUUUUUUCCCAACAUUUGGGCUGAAAGCUUUCAAGAACUCGUUUUAUUUUGAUUUCAGUAUGACUUACAUUGGAGCCGGAAUGAUAUGUUCAUAUCUUGUGAACUUGUCGUUGCUUGCAGGAGCUGUGCUUUCAUAUGGUGUUAUGUGGCCACUCAUUGGCGACCGUAAAGGUGCUUGGUUUCCAGCAAAUUUACCUGAAAGCAGCAUGAAAAGUUUAAACGGCUACAAGGUUUUCAUAUCCAUUGCUCUUAUCCUAGGAGACGGCCUGUAUAAUUUUCUCAAGAUCACAAUUUUUACAGCAAGAACCAUAUAUCUAACCUCUCGGAAGAAACCCAAAACUAGUAAUGACAUUCUUGUGGCACUGUUAAAUACAGAUCCAGAUGACACCAAUCAACCCCUAGAUGAUUCUGAACAUAAUGAGGUAUUCUUGAGAGAGAGCAUUCCCUUCUCGCUAGCGGCUAGUGGUUACCUGAUCUUGUCCAUUCUUUCUACCAUAGCCAUCCCACUUAUGUUUCGAGAGCUCAAAUGGUAUUUUGUUCUCGUGGCCUACAUUAUUGCACCAUCUCUGGGAUUCUGUAAUGCAUAUGGGGCUGGUCUAACAGACAUGAACAUGGCAUAUAAUUAUGGAAAAGUUGCGCUCUUUGUGCUAUCUGCUAUGUCUGGGAAGCACAACGGGGUCGUUGCUGGGCUUGUAGGAUGUGGUUUGAUAAAGUCCAUUGCCUCAAUUUCAUCUGAUCUGAUGCAUGAUUUCAAAACGGGUCAUUUGACCUUGACUUCACCACGGUCCAUGAUCGUUAGCCAAGCCAUUGGGACCGCCAUUGGAUGUCUAGUGGCUCCGCUGACCUUCUUCUUAUUCUACAAAGCAUUUGACAUUGGAAAUCCAAAUGGAGAAUAUAAAGCUCCUUACGCUGUUGUAUAUCGAAACAUGGCCAUUUUAGGUGUCGAAGGCUUCUCUGCAUUGCCUAAUCAUUGCUUACAGCUUUGUUACCUAUUUUUUGCGUUUGCCUUGAUGGCAAAUUUUCUAAGAGACAUUUGUCCAAAGAAAUUAGCGAAAUUGCUUCCCUUACCAAUGGCUAUGGCUGUGCCUUUUCUGGUUGGUGGUUAUAUCGCUAUUGAUAUGUGUGUGGGAAGUUUGAUUGUGUUCAUAUGGCACAAGCUCAAUAAGCGAAAAGCAAACCUGAUGGUUCCUGCUGUUGCUUCAGGUUUGAUAUGUGGUGAUGGAUUAUGGAUUCUACCAUCAUCGAUCCUUGCCUUAGCUAGGAUCAGACCUCCGAUCUGCAUGAAUUUUGUGUCCACAAAGAGCUCAUAAAACUAGGAUUUAUGUUGAAGAAUCUCAACAAUCUUUAGCAUUUUUGUUUUAUAUUUAGAAUAGGACGUAGAGAGCAACAGAGUUAUAGUAGUAAAAGAUGGUUAUGGCUCUGUCCAAACAUGUAUAUGUUUCUUGUUUCAUUGGAGACCUUGCUUGUGCAUUUUAGUAGCAACAACCAGGAACUAUAUGUACUACAAACAAAAGAAAAGGAAAUU